CUAAUCCGGGUCACAGAAUGGCUAAGGCAGCUUUAAGUGGAGCCUGGAUUUUCCCCUGCUUCCUUUGCCUUGUGUUUUGCCUUCUGAAACAAUGUUGCGCCUGCUCUUUGUCCUGGUGCCUGCGAUUCAUGCUCAACUGUGUCAGCCAGAUGCAGAGAAUGCUUUUAAAGUAAGACUUAGUAUCAGAACAGCUCUGGGAGAUAAAGCAUAUGUCUGGGAUACAAAUGAGGAAUAUCUUUUCAAAGCAAUGGUGGCUUUCUCCAUGAGAAAAGUUCCCAACAGAGAAACAACAGAAAUUUCCCACGUCCUACUUUGCAAUGUAACCCAGCGGGUGUCAUUCUGGUUUGUGGUUACAGAUCCUUCAAAAAAUCACACCCUUCCUGCUGUUGAGAUACAGUCGGCCAUAAGAAUGAAUAGGAACCGGAUCAACAAUGCCUUCUUUUUGAAUGACCAGACUCUGGAAUUUUUAAAAAUUCCUACCACUCUUGCACCACCCACUGAUCCAUCUGUGCCCAUCUGGAUUAUUAUAUUCGGUGUGAUAUUUUGCAUCGUCAUAGUGGCAGUCGUGUUAUUGAUUUUAUCAGGAAUCCGGCAACGUAGAAGGAAGAGCAAAGAACCAUCUGAAGCAGAUGACACUGAAGAUAAGUGUGAAAACACGAUCACAAUUGAGAAUGGCAUCCCCUGCGAUCCUCUGGACACGAAGGGAGGGCACAUUAAUGACGCCUUCAUGACAGAGGAUGAGCGGCUCACCCCUCUCUGAAGGGCUGCUGUUUAACUUCCCCAAGAAACCCAACACUUAUUUCUGUGCAACUGCUGAGCAUUAUAAAUUAUCAAGGGCAGAUCAUCUAUUUUGUUUCACCUCUUCUUUUGUAAGAAAUUUUGCAUAUGCAUGAAGGUAAAAGGCAAUCAGUUAUACCCAUGAAGACCAUCGGAAUCAUAAACUGUUGACUACUCAAAAUACUCUAAAAUAUUUCUCUGACAACACAGUGUAUAAGUGUAGUCAGUCAUGUGGUGUCUUUAGUUGUUGGUUUAAAAGUGCAUUAGUGUUAAGCAUUUCUAGAAAUAGGAUCAGGCUACUACAUAUAUAUAUAUUUUUCACACUUUGAAAACCUAAGGAGAAAUAUUUUUCCAGUGGAGAAUACCCAUAAUAUGGUGUAGAAGUCUUUGAAAAUGGAUCCACUUAGAAUACUUUUUAUAUCAUUAUGUGACUGACUAAGCAAGAAUGAAAAAUGAUUGUAAAUGAGAUGGAUGAAAAUGGGAGUGUCGAUACACAAGGUGGAAUUUGAUCCUGUUGUCAUACCAAUACUUAUUCUCUACCAUUCUCUAAUAAGGCAGCCCUAUUGGUUGACUAUUUCUGUAAUUUGUAAAAGUACAAUCUAUGUGAAUUUAAUAAAGUGCUAAUCGUCUCUU